GAGCUCCAUGAACCUGCCCCCAGACAAAGCCCGGCUCCUGCGCCAGUAUGACAACGAGAAGAAGUGGGACCUCAUCUGUGACCAGGAGCGGUUCCAGGUGAAGAGCCCCCCCCACGCCUACAUCCAGAAACUGCGCAGCUUCCUGGAGCCAGGUGUCACACGGAAGAAGUUCAGGAGGAGGGUUCAGGAGUCGACCAAAGUGCUGCGUGAGCUGGAGAUCAGCCUGAGGACGAACCACAUCGGGUGGGUGCGGGAGUUCCUCAACGACGAGAACAAGGGGCUGGACGUGCUGGUGAACUACCUGUCCUUCGCCCAGUGCGCCGUCAUGUUGGAUUUUGAGGGCCUGGAAGGCGGCGAGGACGGCGCGCUGGAGAAGCUGCGCGCCUGGAGCAGGUCCAUCGAGGAUCUGCAGCACCCCAGCGCCCUGCCCGCCCCCUUCGCCAGCAGCCUGGCCCGCUCGGCCCGCCAGACCGCCCUACGCUACGGGACCCUGCCCAGCCGCCGGGCGCUGAAGAACUCGCGCCUGGUGAGCCAGAAGGACGAUGUCCACCUCUGCAUCAUGUGUCUCCGGGCCAUCAUGAACUACCAGUAUGGCUUCAACCUGGUCAUGUCCCAUCCUCACGCUGUCAACGAGAUCGCCCUGAGCCUCAAUAACAAGAACCCGAGGAUGAAGGCGCUGGUGCUGGAGCUGCUGGCGGCCGUGUGUCUGGUCAGGGGGGGCCACGAGAUCAUCCUGGCGGCCUUCGACAACUUCAAGGAGGUGUGCAAGGAGAAGCAUCGCUUCGAGCGGCUCAUGGAAUAUUUCCGCAACGAGGACAGCAGCAUCGACUUCAUGGUGGCCUGCAUGCAGUUCAUCAACAUCGUGGUGCACUCGGUGGAGGACAUGAACUUCCGCGUCCACCUCCAGUACGAGUUCACCAAGCUGGGGCUGGAGGAGUUCCUGCAGAAGUCGAGGCACACGGAGAGCGAGAAGCUGCAGGUGCAGAUCCAGGCGUACCUGGACAACGUUUUUGACGUGGGGGGGCUGCUGGAGGACGCCGAGACCAAGAACGUGGCUCUGGAGAAGGUGGAGGAGCUGGAGGAACACCUGUCCCACCUAACGGAGAAGCUGCUGGACCUGGAGAACGAGAACAUGAUGCGGGUGGCGGAGCUGGAGAAGCAGCUGCUGCAGCGGGAGAAGGAGCUGGAGGUGGUCAAAGAGACCUACGAGCACACGAGCCACCAGGUGCACACGCUGCGGCGGAUGAUCAAGGAGAAGGACGAGGCUUUCCGGCGCCGCUACGGCUCCGAGCCUCCCCCCGUGCCCGGCGCGGAGACCCCCCCCCAGCCCGAGCCCGAGCCCCUGGAGGAGACCCUGCGGCUCCCAGUCCUGCCCCCCGUGGAGGCCGCGCCCCCUCCACCCCCCCCGCC